AUGACCGGUUUCGGGGACGAGGUCGAAAUGACGAUGGCCGACUCCGACGAGACCGCUAUCGACGCAGGGGCGGGAAUGGACGUUCAGUUUGGCCCAUCAACCUCCUUCCUCGCGGCGGGCAAGGUGUUGGCAACACGGCUGACGCUGAACAAGAGGCAGUCCAUCGCUUUUCUGAUAAUAUGCCGCCAGCUCGAUUUGAUUCAGCAGACCGACGGGGCGAUGCCUGCCAGCUGCGCCAGUUCGUCGGCGGAGCGGUUCAUCCACGGCCAGUCUCGAAUGGAUUGGCAGGAGAAGGAUGUGCUCGUCAUCGACGAGGUGAGCAUGCUCGGGGCGCGGACGCUGCACGCCGUGAACGAGCGGCUUCGCCGGCUUCGCGGAUCGCGGCAAGAUUUCGGGGGGAUCCCCAUCGUCCUCUUCUGCGGAGAUUUUCAGCAGUUCCGGCCGGUCCAAGAGAGGUCGAUCGUCCUGCCUAGCGCGGCCAUCUCGUGGGACGUAGACAACUCGUUCAAGGCCGAGCAGCGUCACCAGCACGACAAAGCGCACGCACUGUGGAAGAGGUUCACGACGGUCGUCAUGCUGGACGAGCAGAUGCGCGCCGCCGGCGACCCGGAGCUGCAGAGGCUGCUGAAGCGGAUCCGUCUAGGCGUGCAGGAUCGGACGGAUCUAAACCUCCUCAACUCAAGGAAUCGGUGGAACCUGAACAUGGAGGCGAGCCUGGCGUUCCGGGUCCAGCAGCGGUCGACGAUGCGCAUUUUCAUCUCCGAGCACAAGUGGAAGGAGGAGCUGCCGACGGAGGAAGAGGCGAUCAUGAUACUCAACCAGGGCGACGAUAGCGCGAUCCCGGUGCCGGCCGUCUUCAUGUUCGUGGCCGGGAUGCCCAUCGUCGUGAACCACAACACCCACCAGGGGCUGAAGCUAGUGAACGGCGCGAGCUACUCGGCGGUGGAGGUCAUUGUCGACAAGGCGUACCCGGGCAUCGGAUCUCGGCCGAUAUGA